AUGCCGCUCUACUCCGUUACUGUAAAAUGGGGAAAGGAGAAAUUUGAAGGUGUAGAAUUGAAUACCGAUGAACCCCCAGUGGUGUUCAAGGCUCAACUGUUUGCAUUGACUGGAGUCCAGCCUGCCAGACAGAAAGUUAUGGUGAAAGGAGGAACGCUAAAGGAUGAUGACUGGGGAAACAUCAAAAUAAAAAAUGGAAUGACUCUGCUAAUGAUGGGGUCAGCAGAUGCUCUUCCAGAGGAACCCUCAGCUAAAACUGUCUUUGUAGAAGACAUGACAGAAGAACAGUUAGCAUCUGCCAUGGAGUUACCAUGUGGAUUGACAAACCUUGGUAACACUUGUUACAUGAAUGCUACAGUUCAGUGUAUUCGUUCUGUGCCUGAACUAAAAGAUGCCCUUAAAAGGUAUGCAGGUGCCUUGAGAGCUUCAGGGGAAAUGGCUUCAGCGCAGUAUAUUACUGCAGCCCUUAGAGAUUUGUUUGAUUCCAUGGAUAAAACUUCUUCCAGUAUUCCACCUAUUAUUCUACUGCAGUUUUUGCACAUGGCUUUCCCACAGUUUGCUGAGAAGGGUGAACAAGGACAGUAUCUUCAACAGGAUGCUAAUGAAUGUUGGAUACAAAUGAUGCGAGUAUUGCAACAGAAAUUGGAAGCCAUAGAGGAUGAUUCUGUUAAAGAGACAGACUCUUCAUCUGCAUCAGCAGCUACACCUUCUAAAAAGAAAAGCUUAAUUGAUCAGUUCUUCGGUGUUGAAUUUGAAACUACCAUGAAAUGUACAGAAUCUGAAGAAGAAGAAGUCACCAAAGGAAAGGAAAAUCAACUUCAGCUUAGCUGUUUUAUCAAUCAGGAAGUCAAGUACCUUUUUACAGGACUUAAAUUGCGACUUCAGGAAGAAAUCACCAAACAGUCUCCAACAUUACAAAGAAAUGCCUUGUACAUCAAAUCUUCCAAGAUCAGCCGGCUUCCUGCUUACUUGACCAUUCAGAUGGUUCGAUUUUUUUAUAAAGAGAAGGAAUCUGUGAAUGCCAAAGUUCUUAAGGAUGUUAAAUUUCCUCUUAUGUUGGAUAUGUAUGAACUGUGUACACCAGAACUUCAGGAGAAAAUGGUAUCUUUUCGAUCUAAAUUCAAGGAUCUAGAAGAUAAAAAAGUGAAUCAGCCAAAUACAAGUGACAAAAAGAGUAGUCCCCAGAAAGAAGUUAAGUAUGAACCCUUUUCUUUUGCUGAUGAUAUUGGCUCCAAUAAUUGUGGAUACUAUGACUUACAAGCAGUACUAACACACCAGGGAAGGUCUAGUUCUUCAGGACAUUAUGUAUCAUGGGUGAAGAGGAAACAAGAUGAAUGGAUUAAGUUUGAUGAUGACAAAGUCAGCAUUGUAACACCAGAAGAUAUCUUACGGCUUUCUGGUGGUGGAGACUGGCAUAUCGCUUAUGUUCUACUCUAUGGGCCUCGCAGAGUUGAAAUAAUGGAAGAGGAAAGUGAAUAGUGAUCUUCAUUUUAGCCAUUUAUGCUUAGGUGUGAAAAUAAAUGUUAUUUGUUGAUUAUUUCUAUAAUCCGGAGCUUUAGAGGAAGAAGACACAUAGGUGGUUUUAUGUUUCCCCUCAUUUGGAACAAAAGAGGGCAGAAGCAGACCACUCUGUGCAUCAACCUAAAAAAUUACAGAAAAGAAAAUUAUCUUUGGCUUGUGCCGCCCUAUAUGAAGGUGGCAGGAAGACAUUUUUAAAAAACUUAUUAUUUCUUGCGUUAUUUUUAAAAAUUCUGAGUUGAAAUGCCUUUCAACCCUUCUCUUCUGUAGUCAUUUUCCUUGCUUUUCCACCCAAGAUUGCACACCUAUUACCUAUUAUUUGUUUUUCUUGCAUGGUUCAAACCAUCAUUCUAUAGCCACCCAUCCUUUGCCUUAUCUAACAAACUUUUUCCAGGAAGGUGGAAAAGGAAGUGUCGCUCUCAUUGUGUAACUCAGUGCUGCUGUCCAUCCCAUGGAAACAUGGGCACAAUCAAGUAUUUGUCCAGCCUGUUGCUGGCUUUUCAUAACUUUAAAAUAAAUUGUGAUCAAUAAUAGUACAUUUGAUUAUACAUUUAUUAUUGUGUCUCUGAUGUACUGUGGAUUGUACAUUUAACUUCGGAAUGGCUUUGUAAUAAUCAGUCUUAAAAUGUUGACAAGCUCUGGUUGCUUAUUUUUAGAAAAUGGGGACAUUUAAUAAAAAAAAAUAAGAGGGAUUAAUAGCUUUUGACCUCAAGUCUUUUGUCUUCUGAGUGUUGGAGCUUGGUUGAAGAUUCAGAUAUGCUUAAUACUGUACAAUUUCUGAAGGUGGUUAUAACACUGUGCUGUUAAGCAUCCAUUUAAAAAUAUUUAUCUUGUUGCUUGCCUGUAUUUUAAAAAGUAAUACAAAGUUGUAAAAGUAAUGGAUUUCUCUGGAUGCCAAAUGCCGUGAUGUUAUCAGUCAGAUUUGUCGUUGGCUCAGUUGGUGUUUUGUGUAUUUCCUUUCUUAAUUCCCCAAAUCUUGGCUGGGUGCGGUGGCUGCCACCUAUAAUCCCCGCACUUUGGGAGGCUGAGGUGGGCAGAUCACUUGAGGUUAAGAUCAAGACCAGCCUGGUCACAUGGUGAAACCUUGUCUCUGCUAAAAAUGCCAAAAUUAGCCAGGCCUGGUGAUGCACACCUGUAAUCCCAGCUACUUGAGAGGCUAAGGUAGGAGAAUUGCUUGAACCUGGAAGGCAGAAGUUGCAGUGAGCUGAGAUCGCACCACUGCAUUCCAGCCUGGGUGUCAGAGAGACUCAAAAAAAAAAAAAAAAAAAAAAAAACCCAAAUCUUAAUGUACAUUUUAGAAUUUUAGUGAUUUUUUUUAAGGUGAUGGUAGAAAACACCAAGCAUAUGCGAUUUCAGUAUGAUAGGCUUCUUACAUUUUAAUACAUUAGUUACUAAUCUUUGUUCCAGGACCCUUGACUGACUGCUAGGAAGGAAAGUAUACUACCAGCCAGUUUGGCUCUGAUUUUGAGUUAGACGUUUAUAAUAAAGUUUGAGGAUUAUCAUGACAUCUCAUUAUUUCUUUGUGUAUAUCGUUUUAAUGCUCUGCGGAGCAUAACACUGAUUAACUAUUAAAAAUAGAAAAUAACAGCAAUUUGCUUUCGUAUCUGAUGUGAUGUAAUCUGUGAACACUAGGGGAUAAAAUAAGCAUUGCAGGGAAAUUUAUUUGUAAAUAGCUUCCUCACCUAAACUUUGGCUUGGCAAUCAAAACUUUCUACUUUGUGGAGGGGAGUAAGAAUAGAAUGAGGAAGAUGAGACCGUAAGAAUUAAUGGUUCAUGUAUACUUUUGUGAUGCCUGUAACUUUGCAAAGUCUUUUUUAUUCAUUGUCUCAUUUAGUCAGAACAAUUGUAUUGACAUGAAUUUAACAGAAUUUAGAUUUUCUGACUGUAGCUACUAGAUGCUGUAGCUACUACUAGACCAGGUGAGCGAGGUUUAGAGCCUUGUAUGGAAUAUAUUAGAAUUUUAAAAAUUAUAGUUAUCAUUAUAAAAAGCUUGAUUUCAUUUUAUUUGAUCUAAAAAAGCAUUAUUCCAAAGAAUUUUUUCAGGUAGAAACAGGAAUUAUACCAGUGUUGUUUUAAACUAAUAGGAUAUUUUAGAAUUCGGCCUUGUGUGUCAGGUCUUUUUGAGAAGGGGAGAGUAAAAGGUCUUGAUUCCUGAAUGUGCCUUAUAUGCUGUGCCACUCACACCGAGGCCAUUUCAACAUUAGAGCUGUGCUAGAUCACUGCUUGACUAGCUAGAACUUAGGCCCAAGCAAGAGCGUUUACAGAAUAAUCAUCUGCACUCUGUAGCCCUUCAGGAUUAAAAACAAUGGUGACCUCGUUUUAGAGCCCUAAAAAGAAAUGUUUAUGUGGGAACAGGAAAAGUCGGUGGUACUAUCAUCUUCCGCUACUACCUAGUGCUUUGCUGUUUGUUUAGGGUGCCUUCACAUACAUCUCAUUUAAAUGAUUGUCACAAGAAUCCCUGAAGUGAUUAAAAAGUCUUGAGAGGUCAGGCAAUUUUUGUAAGGCUAGAAAGAAAAGUGAGGUUUUAAGACCUGAUUUCU